AUGAUAGCGGCAGAGAAAGGACACAGAGAAAUACUUGAAUUACUUGUGAAGAAAGGUGCAAAUUUAUCUCUUCUGGAUGAUAGGGAUAACAAUAUCUUACACGUUGCCUCUUUGGGGGGAAGCUUAGAGACAGUGAAGUAUAUCCAUUCACAGAACAUCAUUGACAUUGACAGUAGGGGAGAGAACGGGACUACCCCGUUGAGGAUAGCAGCACUGUUUGGGAAGAUGGAAGUGUUUUCUUUCCUUAUCAAAAUAGGAGCUGAAAUAUCAAAAGAGGAUCACAAUGGUGGAAAUAUCCUCCAUGUAGCCUGUCAAGGAGGAAAUGUAGAUAUAGUGAAAUGUGUCCUCAGGCAUAAAGCGCUGUAUAUAAACAGUACUGAUUACAAAGGAAUUACACCAUUGAUGUCGGCAGCAGGUUAUGGGAACAAAGUGGUGUUUCACGUUCUGAUAGAUCGAGGAGCGGAUGCCUUAGCAAAGGAUGCUACAAACAGAAAUAUCCUUCAUUGGACCUGUCAAGGAGGAAAUGUGAAGAUAUUGAAUUUUAUCCUGACACGAAACAUUGUGGACAUUAACAGCAGAAAUAGAGACAAGAUGACUCCAUUGUUGUUAGCAGCAUAUUAUAAGAAAAGAGAUGUGAUUGACCUUCUAAUAGAGAGAGGUGCUCAUACCUUAGCAGUGGAUCAUAAAAGUAGAAAUAUUCUCUAUCUUUCCUGCAGUAGUGUGGAUUUGGAAACAGUGAAUUAUAUCCUCAAACAAAACAUUGUGGACAUAAAUACCAAGGGGGAAGACGGGAAGACACAAGUGCUGGUUGCCGCGUACUUGGGGAAUGGAGAAGUAUUUGAUAUUCUAGUGAAAAAAGGAGCUAAUCUUUCAGUAGUUACAAAUAAUCGUGACAACAUCCUUCAUUUGGCCAUUCGAGGAGGAAAUAUAAAGAUAGUGAAAUAUAUCCUGACACAAGACGUGGUGGUCAUAGAUAGUAAAGGGUUUGAAGAUAUGACACCAGUGCUGCUGGCAGCGGAUGUGGGGAAUAUAGAAGUAUUUGAUAUUCUUGUGAAUAAAGGAGCCGAUCUGUCUGUAGUUGACAAGGAUGGAGAAAGCAUCCUUCAUUUGGCCAUUCGAGAAAGAAAUGUGAAGAUGGUGAAUUAUAUCCUGACACAAGACAUGGCGGACAUAGAUAGUAAAGGGUCUAAAGAUAUGACACCAGUGCUGCUUGAAGCGUAUAUGGGGAAUAUAGAAGUAUUUGAUAUUCUUGUAAAUAAAGGAGCCAAUCUGUCUGUAGUUAACGAGGAUGGAGACAACGUCCUUCAUUUGGCCAUUCGAGGAGAAAAUGUGAAGAUGGUGAAUUAUAUCCUGACACAAGACAUUGUGGACAUAAAUAGUAAAGGGUUUGAAGAUAUGACACCAGUGCUGCUGGCAUUGGAUGUGGGGAGUACAGAAAUAUUUGAUAUUCUUGUGAAUAAAGGAGCUGAUCUGUCAGUAGUUAACGAGGAUGAAGAAAGCAUCCUUCAUUUGGCCAUUGAAGAAGGAAAUGUGGAGAUAGUGAAUUCUAUCCUGGCACAAAACAUUGUGGACAUAAAUAGUACGGACUGCGACGGAACGACACCAGUGCUGCUUACAGCGUUAAUGGGGAAUAUAGAAGUAUUUGAUAUUCUUGUGAAUAAAGGAGCGGAUCUGUCAGUAGUUGACGACGAUGGAAACAACGUCCUUCAUUUGGCCUGUCUAGAAGGAAAUGAGGACAUUGUGAAACGUGUGCUGUCAAUGGGCAUUCUAGAUGUAAACACUAAGAAUGAUAAGGGUUUGAAUGCGACUAUGAUAGCGAGGGAAAAGGGUUAUUUAUCAAUAGCAAAGUCACUCUCACAAGUCUCUUAG